AUGGAUGGAAACCAGAUUCCUACCUCACUGAAGCGCAACGGUCUCCAGACCUGCAUUGCAAUUGGAGGUUGGUCUUUUAACGAUCCUGGUACCCUAAAAUGCAAUGCCCACAGUGACAUGGUACCCGCUGAAGCGAACCGACGAGCCUUUAUCCAAUCUCUCAUCAAGUUCAUGGACACGUACGGCUUUCAAGGCGUGGAUAUCGAUUGGGAAUACCCCGCUGAGCCGAAGAGCGGAGGCCGUAAAGAGGAUACCGAUAAUCUAGUUCUUCUCAUGAAAGAGAUGAAGGAACAGUUUGGGCGAAGGUACAGUGGCAGCUUUACUCUCACACCUGAUUAUUGGUACCUGCGCGGUUUCAAGCCAGCCGAGAUGCAGAGAUACGUUGACUGGACGCGAUUCAUGAGCUAUGGUUUGCACGGUUCCUGGGGCACUGACGCUAAGACGCUGGGGUCAAGAGUGCGCCCCCAGACCGACAUCACUGAGAUCGAGAAGAGUCUUAAACCGCUGUGA